GCUUCCGUUUCCGGUCCCUCCUCUCGGGCUCAGGCUCCCGCAUCCAGUGUCGGAAGAUGUGGGGAAGAUGGCGGAGCUGCAGAUGUUGCUGGAGGAGGAGAUCCCCGCAGGCCGCCGAGCGCUGCUGGACAGUUACCACAACCUGGAUCGGGUGGCCGAGUACUGCGAGAGCAACUACAUCCAGGCAGCAGAUAAACAGCGAGCUCUGGAAGAAACCAAAGCCUACACAACCCAGUCCUUAGCAAGUGUGGCCUACCUGAUCAACACAUUGGCGAAUAAUGUGCUCCAGAUGCUGGACAUUCAGGCGUCCCAGCUCAGACGCAUGGAAUCAUCAAUCAACCAUAUUUCACAGACUGUGGACAUUCAUAAGGAAAAGGUUGCGAGAAGAGAGAUAGGUAUUUUGACAACCAACAAAAACACCUCCAGAACACACAAAAUUAUUGCUCCAUCCAACCCUGAGAGGCCUGUCAGGUAUAUCAGAAAACCCAUUGAUUACGCCAUCUUGGAUGACAUCGGACAUGGAGUAAAGGUUAGCACUCAAAACAUGAAGAUGGGUGGGCUUCCACGAAGCACCCCACCCACACAGAAACCCCCCAGUCCCCCAGUGUCGGGAAAAGGUACCUUAGGUCGACAUUCUCCUUAUCGGACACUGGAGCCCGUGCGCCCUCCGGUGGUGCCAAAUGACUAUGUACCGAGUCCAACUCGCAACAUGAGCUCCUCACAGCAACAAAGUCCAGUGCGGACAGCUUCUGUAAAUCAGAGAACAAGGACAUACAGUAGCAGUGGAAGCAGUGGAGGGAGCCACCCAAGCAGCCGCAGCAGCAGCAGAGAGAACAGUGGCAGUGGAAGUGUCGGGGUUCCCAUUGCGGUACCGACUCCUUCUCCACCCAGUGUGUAUCCAGGGCACACUCCCCAGUUCUACAGCAUGAAUCGACCAGUGCAACGGCAGAAUCCUACCACGAUUGGGGGUUCUCUGCCUGGCUACAGGCGUCCACCAUCCUUGGCCUCACAGGCCAGUCUACAAAAUCAAGUCAAUGGAGGUCCAUACUACUGUCAGAACCAGACAACUGAAUCAAGAGCGCCCCUCGCUCCACCGCCACCUUCUAUCCUGCAGGUUACACCGCAGCUGCCACUGAUGGGCUUCGUGGCCAGAGUACAAGACAAUAUUUCAGAUGGCUCCACCCCUCCUCCUCCUCCACCAACAGAUGAUGUAGUAUUUGAUGAAUCACCCCCACCUCCCCCACCACCAGAGGAUUAUGAGGAGGAAGAGACGGCAGUGGUAGAGUACAGUGACCCAUAUGCAGAGGAAGAUCCACCUUGGGCACCCAAAAAUUAUUUGGAGAAAGUUGUUGCUAUCUAUGACUAUUCAAAAGACAAAGAAGAUGAAUUGUCUUUCCAAGAAGGCGCUAUCAUAUAUGUGCUGAAGAAAAAUGACGAUGGCUGGUAUGAAGGAGUGAUGAACGGUGUGACUGGUCUGUUCCCUGGCAAUUAUGUGGAAUCCAUCAUGCACUAUGCAGAAUGAGGUGCUGAAGGCAGCUCCUCCACCCUCCCCUGGCAGCUGCCACCCUCCUGCUGGUGUACUGUCACAUUCUGUGGCUUCCUGUAAUGCUCGGACAUGCACAAGCUGAAAAUGAAGGAUUCAAGUAAACAAUACGCAAUAUACAUUUAUUGAACCAGGACGGAGCAAAGUGACAUUGUCUCUUGGGAAGCUCUGAUUCCAAUGUAAGAUCUGGUGACUUGUGAAAUGAGCUCUGUGCACGCGUGCAUACAACCACACGUACACACAUACAUAUAUACACACACACACACCCCUUGCACAAACACAUAUUUUCUCUCUCUCUCUCUCUCUCUCUCUCUCUCUCUCCCUCUCUCCCUCUCUCCCUCUCUCCCUCUCUCCCUCUCUCCCUCUCUCCCGCUCUCCCGCUCUCCCUCUCUCUCACUCUCACACGUGCGUAUUCUUGUGCUCUUUCUAUGGCUCUCACCCUCUCUCUCAACUCUUUGGCUUUCUCAAAUGUGCAAUGCAGGCAUUCCCGGUGUUAAAGGGUUGACCGAUACCACCAAUACUACAGGGCAAGUACCUUGCCAGGUCCAAACAAACUGCAUCUGUGGUGCUGCCAGAUUCUGAAUUAAGCUAUUUUCUAUCUCAUUUUUUAAAGAUUCUGAAAGUAGUUAUUCCUCAAGGCUCAAUAGGGGCAUCAGUUGGAAGUGGUUAUAUUAUAGUUCUAAUUUACACAGCAGCCUUAUAGGAUAUGAUGGCAGAUGGCUCAUAUAUGAGUGCUUUGUUCACCUGGAAGCAUGGGAACUAACACUUCCUUGAAGCCUGGCAAGUAUACUUUGUUGUCAUUUGUAACUGAGAAACAGCUGUACCUUCCAGGGGUUGUUCCCUUGUAAAUGGGAGGGGUUGGGGCAUGCCUGGAGAGAGCAUCGUGGGUAGGAUUACGUGAGUACAGAUUUGUCACUCUAUGAUAGUUGUUUAUGGUGUUUUUAAGGACUGUACAUCCCUAGAAAGCACUGAGGUAUUAUUGAUGGGAACAGAUUUAUUACUGCAUAAACUAUGGUACAUAAUUAAAUGUUCUACAAGUGUUUAAUGAUAGAAUACAAUACUAAUGUGUAUUGGGUUGCAUAGAAAUUUCUGGAGAAUGGGUUGGACUGCAAGCAUAACACAGUAUUAUAAACUAAGAAUAAUUUCUCCAGUUGUGUCAAGUAUGUCAAACAAGGUUAGAAGUAGCAAGACUAAUAUCCUUUUUGUGAUUUCUUCAACUUUUUCCUUAAUUUGUUGAACAAUAUUCUUGAUCCCAGUUGAUCACAGAUUAAAUAGAAUUUAUGGAGAUUUAUCAAUGAA